AUGCACCAUAUUGAAAACAAUGUAUCAUCUUUGAGUCUGUCAUCGACGACAGGCGAAUCCACAUCAUCCUCUUCGGUAAUAACUACCACUACCACCACUAAUACAACAGAAUUAUUAUCCUCCGAUACAGCCUCCAAGGAAGAAUCUAAAAGUAAAAAAUCAACACCCCACUCCUCUUCAAAAAAGAAACAAUCAUCUACAUCAUCAUCAAAUACUCACUCCGAUGCAUUUAUUGCACAACAAUUAAUGAAACGAAUUAAAGAGAAAAAAGGAGGAGUGAAAGUCGUACAAAAAAAAACAACCACCACCACCGUAUCGUCAUCUUCCAAAGAUCAUGAUUAUUCCGAUACAGAAAACGAGCCACAAAAUGAAUAUAAAAAAGGAGGUUAUCAUCCGGUUGCAAUUGGUGAUCGUUUGGGCAAUGAUCGAUAUGUGGUGGUUUAUAAAUUAGGUUGGGGAUAUUUUAGUACGGUUUGGUUGUGUUAUGAUUUAGCGGAGAAGGUUUUUAGAGCUGUGAAAAUUCAGAAAAGUCAGAAAGAUUUCUCAGAUGCAGCCAUGGAUGAAAUUAAAUUAUUGAAAGAUGUCAUGAACAAAUUUUCAGAAUUGUAUGGCCAUCCUCAGGAACAAGUCAUGACAAAAGAUGCAACGUCGACCAUAGAUGAAGCAGCAGCGAAUGGCAGCCAUUCCAUUGAGAAGGCAUCAAACAUUUCAUCAUCCAUGACGAGUAUUGACUAUUCAAAAUUAAGAGUGGUUGGAAUGUUUGAUCAUUUUUUGGUGCGUGGAGUGAAUGGAACGCACGUUUCAAUGGUUUUCGAAGUUGUGGGUCAAAAUUUGUUGAAAUUAAUCGAACAAUACGAAUAUAAGGGAAUGCCACUCAGUUUAGUGAAAAUUAUUAUGAGAGACGUUUUGGAAGGUCUAGAUUUGUUACACUCACAUUGUAAAAUAAUUCAUACGGACAUCAAACCGGAAAAUAUUUUAAUUGUGAAGCCAACGAACAAGAUUCAACAUAUUAUGGACCACUAUCAAGUACCAGAUUUUGACACACCACUCGAAGAAAGAGAUGUCUCAACUCUCAACAAGAAACAAUUGAAAAAGUUGAAACAAAAACUCAAGCACGAGAAUCGAUUGAAAGAGCUCCAAGAAUUGGAAGAGAAAAUUGCAACACUCGAAAAGAAAGGCUCGGCCAACGCUGACCACGAUGAGCACAGCCAAGCACUUAAAUUAUUGGCAGAAAAUGCACCUUCAGAAUCGAUCGACGUCGAGAAUAUUCGAGUGAAAAUUGCAGAUUUUGGAAAUUCUAUUUUUUCUGACAAGAAAGUCACCGAUGAUAUUCAAACCCGUCAAUAUCGAGCACCUGAAGUCAUCAUUGGUGCUCGAUAUUUCUCUGCGGCCGAUAUAUGGAGCGCAGCAUGUUUGGCAUUCGAAUUGGCAACAGGUCAAUAUCUCUUCGAUCCUCAAUCAGGUCGAACCUAUUCUCGCGAUGAGGACCAUUUAGCAUUAAUGAUUGAAUUGUUGGGACCCUUUCCACACGAAUUACUUUCGCGAGGUUCGAAAACCACUAAAUUCUUCAACGCCUCAAAAGGAGAAAUGUUGAAUAUAAAAAAGUUCAAACCCACUUCCUUAAAACAGAAAUUGACCGAAGGGUAUGGAAUGGAUGAAUGGGAAGCAACGGAAUUGAGUCAAUUCCUAAUGCCCAUGCUUGAAAUGAUGCCAGAGAAACGAGCCACAGCCAAGCAAAUGUUGCAACAUCCAUUCCUUAAGAAGAAGAAGGAGGAGGAGAAGACGCAUGGUGAAUGA